CAGAAGAUGCCUGAGCCCGCCAAGUCCGCUCCCGCCCCGAAGAAGGGCUCCAAGAAGGCCGUGACCAAGGCCCAGAAGAAGGAUGGCAAGAAGCGCAAGCGCAGCCGCAAGGAGAGCUACUCGGUGUACGUGUACAAGGUGCUGAAGCAAGUGCACCCCGACACCGGCAUCUCCUCCAAGGCCAUGGGCAUCAUGAACUCGUUCGUGAACGACAUCUUUGAGCGCAUCGCGAGCGAGGCGUCCCGCCUGGCGCAUUACAACAAGCGCUCGACCAUCACUUCCCGGGAGAUCCAGACGGCCGUGCGCCUGCUGCUGCCCGGGGAGCUGGCCAAGCACGCCGUGUCGGAGGGCACCAAGGCUGUCACCAAGUACACCAGUUCCAAGUGAGUCGUCUGACUGACUCUUAACCCAAAGGCUCUUUUCAGAGCCAC